AUGUCUUCGCCGGAGCCAUCGGCGGCGGCGGCCGGGGCGGGCGGCGAUGCGGCCGGCCAGAGGGCUCCAGUGGAGCCGCUCCGGCUGCCAACGCCGGAGGAGAUCAAGGGGCAGGAGAUGAUGAACAACUGCGCCGUCCGGAGCGUCCUCAGCGGUGUCAUGGGGGGUGGUCUUGGUGUACUUAUGGGACUAUUUUUUGGAGCUUUGGAAAAUCCAAUAAUGGCAGAGGAGAUGACAGCAAGGCAACAAAUAGUCUACCAGGCAAAACAGAUGGGUAGGAAAAGUAUGAGCCAUGCUAAGACCUUUGCAGUAAUGGGCUUGAUUUUCUCUGCAGCUGAAUGCGUCGUUGAGAAGGCUCGGGCAAAGCAUGACAUCACCAAUUCAGCAGUAGCUGGCUGUGUCACAGGAGGAGCUUUAGCUGCAAAAGGUGGCCCUCAAGCUACAUGUAUCGGGUGCGUGGGUUUUGGUGCCUUCUCUGUGGCGAUUGAGAAGUUCAUGGAGCGAUAUAACUGA